AAACAUUAGGUUUAGGCAACACAACAAACGUUAGGUUUAGGCAACACAACAAACGUUAGGUUUAGGCAACACAACCAUAACCCUAAAACCACAAAGCAGUGUUGAAAAGCGGCCUUGUUGUUGGAAGUCCUAUGUUUGUUGGACCAAUCCAGCUCCCUUCCCGCAAACCAAAAGUGGUCUUUUUGGAUAUUAAAAACUAUUUCACUUGCUCUGACUGUUGCUUAGUCACAUGGAUGCAUUUAAUUUGUGUCCACCAUGAAAAAGAUGAUUUGUCUGUACAUGAAACCAAUAGAUUGCAUUACCUGACCAUUUCACAACCUAACAUGAUACUGGGCUCUAAUAACACCACUUUAGGAGUAACGGUAGUCAGACGGCGGUACCACGGUUUCACACUCUGUGGCUCACAGAAUCGCAGGUUAACAAGCAUAUCGGAGAACUAUGGUGUUCUUCAGGUAACGAAACCAACGCUGAAGGAUCUCUCUGGUAUUUGGUUUGUCUGGGGCUCAUUCUAAUCUAAUUAAAACAAUUCCUAGUUUCAGGUGAUUAUACAGUAAUUUGUUAUGAAUUGUAUAUUCCAUUUCUGCCAAGAGAUCCCCCGAAAUGCUACACACUGGCCCUUUAUGGCCAAAAAUGAUCCUUUUUUGUUAAAACAAUUCGUUAUAAGCACAAGUAUGAAAUCCUCAUGAAAGUCAUACGUAAUUACACUCGUGAAAAAGCCUCAGCGUGGCUUCACACCAGCCUUAAAGUGUCUCACACGGUGGUUACAGACCUACCAUGAACAAGCCAACUAGUUCAAAUAAGAGUGAAUCAACAUGAUUGGGUAAAAUGGCAUUGUGGGAGUUGUAGGAAGUUUCACCUUUUUGACGCAUCCCUUCCUUGCUAAAUAGACUGAAGUUAAGUGAACCUACCGUCCCCGUCCCCCGUCCCCCGUCCCCCCUCUGAGCUCAGGGUUGUUCUAGCAUGUUCCUGUCCAGAACCCUGAUGUGUCCUUCCCAUGCGUCUACUUCUGGAACCCAGAGAAACCCUCCUGCUUCUCACUGUCAGCAUUAACAAAGACAAUGUCCAACUCUUCUGGCAGUCUCGUCAUGCUUCAGUUUCUCCUCUUUCUACAUGGUGAGCCUGUUUACUUUUUUUACAACUUUUGGAUUGACAGAUAGAGUUCUUCUGUGGUACUUGCUUUUGUUUUUAUUUUUUCUUCUCUGUGUAAAUGCUGUGAGAACAAAUGUAUAUAUUUGAUUUUAAAAAGACGUGUUGGAUUUCAGUUUUGUUUUCUCCGUCUGAUGGUUUAUGUGUUACAAAAGAUUCCGAACUAAAAAACUGCUGUGUUGCUCUUUGCCCUCGGUACAGAACUGCCUGAUCAAACUGGGUGGGAGUGUCUCAGAGACGUAGUGUUGACGUGUUUUUCGACGUGGAAACUGUUACAUUUUGCUUGAUUGAGAAAAAAAAAAAAAAAAAGUGUUCAUGUUUAGUUUCUUUUGACUAUUUCAAUAAAUGGCUUAUUUUGCCAUGUCUCUCACUGAGGUCUUUUGUGUCCGUCCCCUAAAGUGAGACUGUGACUUUUGCUGGACAGCCACCGCUGUGACCGCAAGAUGCAACUACAAUUUAACGGAACAUUCAAUUCAUCUUUAUUUUCAAAGAUAUUCUUUAGGCAGGACGGAUUCUACUGAGCCCCUGAGGUUUACUUUACCAAAGCACAAAAAGGGGUUCACCCUAAAAUCAAAAAAUAUAUAUUUUUCAUCUUACCUGUAGUGUUAUUUAUCAAUCUAGAGAAGCUCAUCCUCAGCUGGGCUGUGAUAUUAGCCAGCGGAGUAGAUGCACACUUCCUUCUGCCCAGUGAUACGGUUGUUUGGUAGAAAGAAAGAAGUUCCUACACCAAACUGCUCACAACAAGGUCUGUGGGUUUGUCUUCAGUAACCAGCUCAUGGGUUCUGGAAAGAGACAUUGCUGUUGAGUUUUUUCAAUGUAUGUUUGAAGUCACACAUACACUGAUGCUCUUCCUCUGCCCAUUACAGUGGUGCAGGGAUGACUUCUUUAUGAAGGCCAAGUUCCCACAACAAAAAGCCAAUUGGAUUUUUCCAUCUGAUUUUUGAUCAUUAGUUCAGCAAGAUCAUUUUCACGAAUGACCACCACUUCUUUUAUUUUUGAAUACAAUGGGCAGCAGCAAAAAGCUAACGUUAUAGGAUUUGUAGUCUCAUUUUUUUUAAGACACUUAAAAGCUUCAAAAUGAAUGAGAGGCGUGUCUACUGAGGUAUUUAUAUCGUAGAACAAAACAAUAAAUAGUUUGUGUUAACUGAGAAAAUAUUACAACAAAAAAGAGUAACAACCAACAUAGAAUCCAUUUUGCUAACAUUACUUUUUUGAUAGUGGACACAGAGAUUAUUUCAGGCAUUGAACCAAAAACCCGCUGACCCUUUGGUUUGCUAAGAAGGGCAGUGGAUUUUGGCUCAAAAUGUUACUGAUUAUGACCAUAAGUCAUUUCACUACAUUACUGGAAAGUCACCUCAAAAUGCAUUGGAACACGUUCAUCAUUUUGUCAUAUUUGAACUGUCAUUAAAUAAAAUGACCCUGACUAUGACCAUGUCAAAUUGAAUGUGAAAAUUGAAGGGAAAGGCACAGUAACACAUUUUGAUUUCCUCAUGUCUGAGCUGGCAAACUAUCUGAAACUGGCAAACCUCAUAAAGAAGUUAUAUAUAUUAUAACUUCUUAUAUGGGCAAAUCGAUAAUGGGUUCCAAUCCAUUUACCAGUAACUCAAUUUACAGUGAAACUAUUUAUGGUCAUAAUCAGGAAGAUUUUGAGCAGAAAUCCAUUGUGCUUCUCAACAAACCUGUAUGGAAAGGUUUUGUAUCAAAUUAGGACCUCUUUGGUGACGUCACAUUAAAUAAGACUUGUUUUGUAUUAUGUGUAAUAUAAUGUGAGACAUGAUGGCUGUAGUGAGUAUUAAAGGGAUAGUUCAGGUGUUUUGUAUUAUAUAUUCAAAAUUACAUUUUGUUACCUUACCAGCAUGAUUAGAUGUGCAUUGAAAUCCACUGAAGAUGAACAAUUAUUCAGCCUAAAUAUCAGUGUGCUCUCAGUCCGCAUCUCAUAUCCCCACAUUUAUAUAUGGAAUUCAUUUUUUUAAAUAAAAGGUUCCCCAACAUAUUCACCGGGUCUGUAAUAACAAACAGUUUAUACCCUUUGACCAACUAACAGUAUCUUAACUGAGAACAAAGUUCUUCAAACACCAUGUUCCACCCAAAACAAAAGAAGUACAUUAGAAGAUAAGCAAUGAUUUUUACCCUUCCGGUGAAUUUUUCAGAUUUAGGUUUCAGCUUUGAGAGUAAUGAGUUUAUUCUGUAAAGGUGAUAUUGAAACAGCUUCUCUUUGUUGCAUGCUCCAAAACCCAGUUAUUCUGGGAAAAAAUUCUGGGAAUGAUUAAUUAGCAAAUCCACAGAAAUACUGAUCAUAGUAGCAUUAUUUUACGUGUAUAUUAUUUUAUGUGAAGAAAAAAAAUCGACCAAAGGAUAUAUGUUUUUGUAAUUUUAGCUGAAUUCUUUAUUCAUAAGGCAACAUUUCUAAAGACCCCACCCUUCUGCAUGUGCUACUAUGAAACUCAACUCUAUAUAGUCCUUGAAAUGAAUGAAAUCCAAAUAUGCCAAAAGGUUCUAUAUAUUACCAGAAAACUAUUUUUAUUUUUAGGAUUUAUUAUACUCAUAUAAUCAUUUUUAAAAUUGUGUUAUUGUGUGUGUGAAUGUGUUAAUGUGGUAUCUGCUCAGUUAGAUAACUUCAUCAUUGAAAUGAUUGCCUUAUUGUUUGUGAAUCCAUCUUGUGAAGUGACGACACAUUCUGGCGCUGACAUGUUUCUACAGUAGAGCCGCAGCUCUAAUGCGCUAUUUGCUGCCAUCUAGCGACAAGCAACAAGACAAACGACAGUUCGAAGACCAACGAAUGACACAAGAUACAUUGAAUUAAAUCUAUAUUAUACAAAGAGGUUUUUAAACAUUUGGGCAAUUUUGACAAUCCUUCCCUUAUGAAUCUGUUAUUUGACAGAUCUGUAUAAUCAUUUUAAAGGGUGACGGUAGUAGUCACGUGAUCUCCCGACCCGGAAGUGAAACGUUGGUUCUGCAGCUGCUGUUCCUUCGUGUGACUCGUCCAGCAGUACGAGUGGAAUACAAAGUGUCCGGUGUCUGUUGCUCUGUGUUUGUGUGUUUGAAGAGCUUCGUUUGGGUCGGAACCUCCCGUCGGCCACACGGUGACGUCACGCCGCGUCACGUUCUACGCAUGCGCUGAUGACUUCGUGUAACGUUAAGGGUUCAUCGGUACACACACAUUCCCCCGUCGGUAGCAGAGAUUAAGGUGCAUUGCGCAAGUACUGAACUGCAUUCUGAGGUACUUGUACUGAAGUAUUUUUACUACUUUAUACUUCUGCUUCACCACAGUUCCGAGGGAAAUAGUGUACUUUAUACUGCACUACAGUUAUCUGACUGCACAGUACUAUUCAGAUUAAGAUUGCACAUUAAAAAAAUGAACAGUUUAUAAAAUAUAUAUAUUUUAUAAAUACGCAACAGUGUUUAAAGUAUUUAAAAGAAGCUACACUUCCGCCAGCAACAAUACUAAAGUGCUGCCUGUACUUCAAUGUUAAUAUAAUAUCUAUGAAAGAGGCCAUUCUGCACAAUGACUACUUUUACUGGAGCAAAACAAGUAAAACCUUCUUCUACUGUCAAACGCAGUAGAAGAAGGUUUAUAUACUGUAUGGGCCUACAAAAAAGAUGAUGAAUCAUCAGAAUGUCUCUUUGCUGUUAGAGAUAGAAUGCAGGGACAGAUCCUCACCGAGUACAGGCUCAGUGACGCACUUCCUCCUGAAAUGUCAAAUGUUCACUGAAGUAGGGAACACCUAUUUGGACAAAUUCAACUCUGUAAUACCAGAUUUUCAGAGAUAUCUCCAGAUGUAAUAUACUCCUAUUAGGAAGAGAAGGUAUAUCUUGCUGAGCAAUAGUUAUCAACAUGUUACAGACACUCACACACAAAGACAGACACAUACAAGCGUUUGUUGAAAUGUAACUGUAAAACUGUAUGUAUAUCAUAUAACAACGGUAAUGUAUUACUAGUCAUACCACUCAUGUACCUCCCCCCCUCCACCGUGUCCCCUUGCAGAGAUGAGCCGCUGUGUGCUGGAUGAGGAGAGCUUCCGUCUCUGCUGCAGGCUGCUCCUGCAGCGGUCGGAGCAGCUGAGAGACGGCUGGAGCUGGAAGGCCGUCCAGGGUUCGGAGGAGGGCUACCUGAGGAAGACCGCUCUCAGGUCGGUCGUCAUCGACCCAAGCCCGGCUCGUGACCAGGAAGGAUCUGGUUCGGACUCGGAGCCACGUACUUCCUGUCAGUCCUGUCCCGAUCAGCAGGGACGGGAGAAGGAAGAGUCUACUCUUGUUGCCUCAGUAGAUACUGACCGCGUUAGCGGUGCCAUAGAUGAUGAUGAAGAUGACGGGGUCUGUACAGUGUCUGGAGGCAGCAGCCAGGUGCUUCAGUACGAGUAUCACAUCCUGCACUCCUGCAGCUAUGCUGCUCCUGUGCUCUACUUCAGAGCCUUCACUCAGGAGGGGAGGAGCCUGUCGUUGGAGGAGGUGUGGAGCUCCGUCCAUCCCAGCUUCAGGCUUCGGCUUCAGAGCAGCCCUCUGAAUACCAUCACUCUGCAGGAGCAUCCUCUGCUGGGUCAGCCCUUCUUCAUGCUCCACCCCUGCAGGACAGAGGAGUUCAUGAGGCCCGUGCUGCAGGCUCAGGACCAACACAGACCGGUGAACUACGUGCUGUCGUGGCUCAGUGUUGUGGGUCCUGUGGUGGGUCUGGACGUCCCUCUGAAGUACUCCACCCAGCUCUGUCCUGCAGCCUCGCCCGGCAGCAGCACCGAGCCAAACUAAGGCUGUCGGCAUCCCCGUGGAGUCUCUCUGUACUGAGGCUGGAUUAUGAACCGGGCAACUGCCCCGGUGCCCGAAAUCCUCAGAAGCGCUGAAGACACAGGGUUGUUAGUGUGUCAUAUUUUUUUGUGUUCAUUUCAUUUCACAAAAAAACCUGAAAUAGUAAUAAGGGCCUUGGGUAUCUUCUGCGUUUGUACCUGAUCUGGAGGUUGUGUUUUGUAGAGGGCCCCUGUGUCAAAAACGAGUUUCAAUACUUGUAGUAUUACUUAAGAUAUUAUGUGUACAUGGGGCAUAUUCCUAAAGAAAUGAGAGAAUAUCUCUUGCCUCCACACAGCUCUCAAUGGCGAUAGCUGAGCCGGUGUCAAGCAGCUAACGGUGAUAACUGCGCUAACUGUUCAAGCAACGCUAACAGUGCUGACAGUGUUUACCUGGGGCACGAUCACAUGCACUAACAUGCACUAAAAGCACACGCGGCCGGCCUGGCUGUGUAAACCUAGCACAGAGAAUCUGUGAUUCUGAGGGAGAGGCAUUACUCUCUAUAUGUUCACAUAGAUAAUAGUUGUUUAAUUCUAUAUUAAUUCUCUGAAUACCGUAAAGAGAACCUUCGAAGAAGCAAAUUAGUUUAAAUAUGUUUUGUAUACCCUUCAUACCAACACAGAACAAUUGCACCAUGUCCACAUCAACUGAGAUAAAACAGAAUUUGCACACAUCGUAAUGAUCGCUGAGCAUGAGCUGUGUAAAUCUGUCUGGUUCAGUGAUCAGGUCUCAGGAGGACAUAUUGUCCCUCAUGCUUAAUCUGCCCCACACAGGUGUAGUUUAUUACUCAGAUUAAUGUCAGACUUUGUUGUGAAUUGUCAUUUCCUGAGUGUGGAUAAGUGUUUGGAAGAGAUAGACAGAGGAGGAAGAUUUAAAAAAAAAAAAAGAACGAACACAGUGUUCGGUAUACUGGAGCGCAUGAGGUGAUUAAAGCACACCAGAGUAGGGGAAGGAGGGAUGUAACUAGCAGCUGCAAAAUCUCUCAGCCAGUUGAACAAUUGCUAAAUUGAACAAUUCUCCUGUGUUAAAAACGAUUGAAUUCCUACAUUAAAUAAGUAUGAGUGAUAUGUCGUCUCAAUGGUCUCAAACUGCUCAGGACGGGGCUGACCAACAGUAAACAGGAGAAUAUGCUAUGAAGCACAAACUUAGGCAACAGCAGGGAGAGGCAAUCGCAGCCCUGAAGGACAACUUUAGCUCCAAAUAGUUCUGACUCCAAUUAAUGGGGUCAAAUUGGAUAUCAAAGAGAGACUGGGGCAGGCAGAAAAUCAGAUGAUGACAUAGAGGACGAUAAAACGAUAAUAAAGGGUGUAGAAACAGGUGUCUGAACUCCCAUCCAAAACAAAUGAGCUGGACAACUGGAAUUGACGCUUGUGACUCUUGAAUCCCAAAGGGCAAUUCAGUUGCUUUGCUGGAAAAGUGACUACUUGACAUCCUGGGUCCGGAGACCUUCCCUGCUCCACUGAUUAUCUCAAAGGUCUCAAAGGCCGCCGGGUGCACUGCAAUCCUCAGCUCUGCAAAUCAUGAUAAUCAAGACAAGAUCCGAGUCAUGCAGGUAGGUUAGAAGACCUGUCCACAGAACCCAACAAGAAGAGGAAGCUCUUUGAUGAAGAUGAACAAGCCCUGAAGGUUGAUUCAUCUAAACUGCUAAAUGAAGGUGGUAUCACGAGGGGAAACCCACAUGUUCGCUGACCCUUCAAGCGUUUGUCAAAGAUCUGCUAACCUAGCGGGCUCGUCAGUGACUUACCAGACGAUGUGAACGCUUAACUUGAACUAAUGAAAGGUAUCGUUUCUACUUGAAGGGCUUUGUUGCUGUCCUGUAGCUAUUGCUGGUAUUCUAGUUUGUUAUGAUGGGUUACGCACCGAUUCUCUUUUCUGUCCCCUUAAAAACAUUGAGUAUCUUUAGAAAACCCAAAGGGUGAUGAUCCUGAUUCACAGAUCUGCAUGAUAAACCACAUGAUAAACAAGGUAGAUGUCUGAUAUCUGAUUGUACUAAUUCGUAAAUGAUCUGAACCUGUGUGAUCCUUUGAAGAGUUUCAACUCUGAUAUACUAGAAUUAAAGGUUACUCCUCCGCUUUUAAAUCAUACAUCGAUCAUAUCUUUUCCAGCACUAUGCUCUUCUCUGUGGUACAUUGUAAUCCUGAGGAAACAAACUGAAACUUGUACUGCGACAUUAGUAAAAGAUAUGCAGUGAAAAGCUCAGUAUGUGCAAAUAAACAAUGAUAAAUGACUUCACACACGGGGCUCCACAAGGUUCAGUGCUGGGUCCAAAGUUGUUUGUAUUGUAAAUCAAUAAUAUUUGCAUUCUGUCCGAAAUUACAAAUAAAAACAAACACAUUGCAAAUACAAAAAUUAAUCCAUCUUAUAAAAAUGAACAGGGAGUGUACAUUGCUUGAGACCGUGGUUUAACAUUUUGAACUCAUUGUGAACAGUGUUUUCCUCAUAAUACAACAGACCUGUUGUCUCUGUGUAAAUCCAUAUCUUUAGUAGUCACUGACCUCGAGUCUGAUGGUCUUUAUGACUUGCUUUUACCUGACAAACACACAUUUGUGUGUUUUGUAUAUCUUUGUAUCAUGUCUUUACCUUGUACUGUUUGCUAUGGUGCUUUCCUUGUUUUGACCUGCCAUGGGACUACAGAUGCAAAUUAGCUUAAAGCUAUGAUGGUCCCUUUUAAAUAAAAAUAAAAUGUUUGCAGAACUUCCUCUGUUACAUCAUAAAAAAGACAUAUCAAGACUGGACUGAAAAGGAAGCACUAAUCCAGAAUUUGACCAAAUCCUAAAGACCUCGUGGGUUUGACUCUUGGUUUUCAGAGAGAUGUUGUUAUACAGUAUACUGAUUCAAUAUUAAAUACUAUUGUCAUACAAGUGAGGAAUGUUACAGUGACAGUUUGUGACUGUGUGUGUAUUGAGGUCUUCAGUAUGGCUGGCUGAAGCUCCAGCUGCACUGUACUGUGUUUUGGUCUGAGGUGAACCUACAGUCCAGGCCACGCCACACCAGACGACUGAGCCGGGCUCGGGUCGGACAUGGGCUCAUUUCACUUUUUUCUUUCCAUUGUGCCUGUAUACGCCUCUCACACAUAUGCUGGUUGGUGAAAUAAUACACCAUUAACGAGGAAAACAGAUUACUUACUUAUCUCUUCUUUUAAGAGUACAUUGUUUGAGUUUAUUAAACAUUUGCGGCAAUCCCAGCGCAGGAGAAACUAUAAAUGUGUCUUUCGCUUUAUUCAUUAAUUUUUCAUGAUACAACUGUCACUGCAUCCCACAAAUAAAUGUGCUUCUAUUAUCACAAACUUCCUAAAGACGCAAAUAAUUUCACUGUAACUGUGUGUGUCUAUCAGUGCUGAUCUUUGUGAAUUGGACUGUUUUUGCACUGAAGCUCAUUUGCAUAAAAAGGGCCAAAUUUUGCUCCAAUAGUGUGAAUAUAUAUUGUAAUUACAUUUGAACGUGAAAACCCAACUAGGGACAAUAGUUUGUAAAGGAAAUAGGGUUAAACUCUCUGUAGCACACACAGUGUCAUGCUUUGUAUUGAAACUAUGUUAAAUUACAUUAUCCCUAUUAAAUAAAAAUCUAAUGUCUGAAUAAAUUAAAAAAGGAGCACUGACACACUAUUGCUUGGCAGCACAGUUAGAGGUGCUUUGAGAACUACACAGUUUCUUUACGUCUUAUUCGCAGAACAAUCCUUUCGUGAAUUCACUCCUGAAUCUUCAUACAAAACGGCAUUCUUCUCACUUACUUGUUUGAGGGUUUAAAUAUUACAUGAGACCAAGAAUGGCCCAGCGUUAAAAACACAGGCAGUAAGUCAGUGCAUUGGUGCAGCAGGGAUCCGCUGCAGAGGGAAACGGUCCAGCAGAACCCCCUGGAUCCAGCAGAGCCUCAUUUAACCUUCAUCUGGUUCCGACUUCGGUGUGUUUUAAAAAGUCUUCCUUUCUGAUUGAAGUAUUGGUUUAAUACAUUGUUCACAUUUAGAUUUCAGGAGGAGUUGCCCUCCUGUCUGUCAACACAGGUUUAUUGGUAGUGAACGUAGUAUACAGGGUCUCCACAGAGGAUCAGACCCGUUGUCCUUCUGUAGUCUCUAAUUUCUAUUGUGGAGAGACAUGGGCCAGGUGACGUCUGUGCAGGACUGUUGGAUGAAGACCGACCAGACUGGCUGCUGACACAGUGGGUAGGAGGAUCGGAUAUCAACGCGACUGACUGGAUUUUCCCAGAAUUCUGUGCAGCUCUGGGGACAUGAGGAAAGGUUUCUCUGAACUACCAUCAUGUCUCUCCAAGUCAUCACCUGGUUGGAUCGAUUAAAUGGAGGGACAGAUCAAAUGGAAGCGUGG